AUGAAUGGUUGUUUUCGAACCGACGUCACGAUCUCGAGUUGGGGCGUGACAUAUUCGGGAAAAAUGAAAGAUGGAAGAUUUCACGACGACAACGCGAGUUUAACGUAUCCGAAUAAGUUUAAAGCACUCAAUUGCGUUUACAACAAUGGAGUACUCGUAGAUUGUAAAUUUCAAUUUCCGGAUAUGUUAUGGCACGAAAAAAAAAAUUGGAGAUAUUGUCAAGCACCUGAUAGGAGGUUUUGGAGCGAAGUGAGAAAAGGUUUAAAACCUGGUAAAAUAGCACAGAAAACGGAAUUAGAUCCACCGAGAAAAAUUCCUCCGGGUGGUUACGAUACAAACGAUGGAUUUUACGAUGUUAAAACUCUUGCAUUGAACAGUCCAAACGGAGAAAUGUUAAGAGUUCCUUUAUGCAAGGAGAGCAUUUGGAUAAGAAAAUAUUGUCGGAAAGGUUUCAAAGUUCCAACGGGUUUUCGUCCGGAUUUAUACGAGAAUUGGUUUAAUUACAAUUACGAUUUUAUAAACAACAUACUCAGACACCACGAAAUGUACAGGAAUAAAAGAAUCACGUACGAAGCCUUGCAACAAUAUUAUGCUGAUAACGACAUAUUACCGAGUUAUUCGCCAUAUAAGAAAAAAAGAAGAUGGUCGUCGAUUGCGUUGGAAAAUUAUUUGAAAACUAUACCGGAUCCUGUAAAAUUAAAGAGGAAUUUAAAAAGAUAUAGAGAACAUAAAUUAUCGAGACUUUUAGCUAAACCCGCGGAGGCGGACGUGACCAUCGUGAAUAAAGACGUUGAAGUUCCAGUUGUGAAAUCAUUCAUAAAUAAAAUGAAAUCGAAAAGUUCGAUAAAAUACACGGAUGAUCACGUGAAACCACCGACAUCGGUUUUAAACGCGCGUUCGUCGAAAUUAAGUUUCAAACGUUCCGACGAUAUACUCUCGUAUUUAACGAACGAUACAUCGAAAAGUCGAACGUCUCUGAAGAAAAUACCAGAAAAAUAUUUGGCUCCACAACCCAUACAAAGACCACCUUUUCAAACGUCUCGUAAAAUGCCAUCCUACUGUUAUGAAGAUGGUAAAAGAAUGAUGAAUUCAACUGGUAAAUCCGAAUUAUCGGGUUAUAAAUUAACGAGAAGGAAAAUGCUAAAUAAAUUUAUGAAAGAGAUAAUAAUGGAGGCUGCGAUGAAAGGGAUCAUGGAAGAAACGCAAAGGGAAAGAAUGAGAUUGUUAUGGGCGAGUCCAGUACAAUCACAAAUUCAACGUAAUAAAACAAAAGAAGAAAAUUGUUUGCAAGUAUUGGGAGAAAUAUUCGAAUCGAUACCGGAUAAAGAAGAAUACACGGAUUCGGAUUUAUCGAAAACUUUCGAUUUUAAAAAAUUAGCAGAAGAUAAAUACAACGAUUUGAAAUAUUGGGGUAAAAGAUUAUUCACGUUGAGUUUUGAAUCUGCGUAA